UAUGUCAAAAUAAUUUAGAAGACUAGAUAGUGAUAGUGAUCUUGAAGAACCAGAAUCAUUAGUCUACAAAUAAAGUAAUACCUCUAUUAAACCAUUUAGUGAAAUAAAUGUAAAGAAUGUAAGGUAUCUCUUAAAUGAUCACUGAAAUCAUAUAAGAAGAAGAGCUUUCUGAAGUUGAAGAUAAACAUAAAUAUAUGAAGAAUUUAGUUGGACGUAAACUAAGUUAAUUAGACAGUCCAACUGAAUCUGUUAAAUCUGCCUAAUCUUCUAAACCAUUCUAAAGUCCUAAAAAGACUCUUAAAAGAGACACUAUAUUUUUUGAAUAAUCUGACUUCAAUAUCUUAAGUAUUCGAGAGUAUGAUUAUAUUGAAGUAUUUAUGAAUGUUUUAAAAAUAGAUUAAAAAAUGUGAAAAGUGUGCAAUUCAUGAACAAAGUGAAAAUGAAGCAAGAGCAUCUGCUAAGAAGAUUGUUUCUUUACUUAAAAAACGAUAAGAUUACAAUCCAGAUCUUUAAAGUGAUUGGAAUGGAUUAGAAGAAGUAACCACUUAUUCAGCUGAUACUCAAGAACCUAUUGUUGAUUAUAGAUGUCAUAUUGAACCAUUACCUAAAAUGGAAAAAGUAGAAAUACAUGUUUCUGAUGGUGUAUAUGCAGUAUAAUAAGAUGGAUUUUGGCUUACUAAAAUGCAUUCUAUUAAAGAAUUUAUUAAGGAUCUUCUUACUUUUGUUGAAAUAGCUAAUGAUAAAAUGAUUUCUAGUUGGUGUUAUUCACGUAAUAAAUAUUUAGAAUCAAAAUUUAAAAUGCAUUCUUUAUUUAAUAGUGACAGAGAAAGUGAAGAUCAAAAGCGUAUAAAGAAUAGAGAUUUUUAUAGUGUUCUAAAAAUAGACACACAUAUACAUCAUAGUUAAAGUAUGAAUGGCAAGUAAUUACUCGAAUUUAUGAAAAAGAAAUUCAGAUAAUGUCCUGAAGAAGUUGUAUAUUUAGAUGAUGGUAAAGAAAUGACAUUGAAAGAUAUCUAAAAGCGAUUUAAAUUUAAAACUGAAGAAUUAAAUAUAGAUCUCUUAGAUGUUUAAGCAGAUAAAUCUCUUUAUAAGAGAUUUGAUAGAUUUACUAAUAAAUAUAGUCCUCUUGGAUAACCACUAUUAAGAAGUAUAUUUUUGAAGACUGAUAAUUAUAUCAAAGGAAAAUAUAUUGCUGAAAUUACUUAAGAUAUGAUUAAAAAUAUGGAUAGACAUACAUAUGCAGAAUGGAGAAUCACUAUAUAUGGAAAAUCAAGUAGUGAAUGGAGAAAGAAGGCUCAAUGGUUAAUUAAGAAUAAAUUACAGCAUCCAAAUAUUAGAUGGAUAAUAUAAUUGCCUAGACUUUAUUCAGUAUAUAGAAAGAAUGGAGAACUCAAUUCAUUUCAAGAUAUGAUUGACAAUAUAUUUAGACCUUUAUUUGAAGUUACAAUCAAUCCUGAAGUUGAUCCAGAUUUAUAUUAAGCACUCUUUAGCAUCUCAGCAUUGGAUUGUGUUGAUGAUGAGAAUUAACAUGAGAAUUUCUUUCUUCAACAUCUUAAAAUAUAACCUAUUAAUUGGACUAAAGACUCUAAUCCACAUUAUGCUUAUUGGAUAUAUUAUAUUUAUGCAAAUUUAUCAAGUUUAAAUCAAUUGAGACAACAAAGAGGUUUAAAUACAUUUGAUCUAAGACCGCAUUGUGGUCUCAAUGGAAAUAUAGAUCAUUUAGCUUGUGCAUAUUUACUGGCAAAAGGGAUUAAUCAUGGACUUAUCUUAGAAUAAUCACCUGUACUUAAAUAUUUGUAUUAUCUCAAACAAAUUGGUAUAUCUAUGUCUCCAAUUGCCAAUAACAAACUCACAUGUAAAUAUGCAGAUUCACCUUUUAACAGUUAUUUUAGAUAAGGACUCAAUGUAUGUUUAUCCACUGAUGAUCCACUUAUGUUACAUAUGACAGAUUAACCUCUUUUAGAGGAAUAUGCAAUUGCUCAACAAAUCUUUGAUUUAUCGAAUGUAGACAUGUCUGAAUUAGCACGUAAUUCAGUUAGAUGUUCUAGUUUCGAAUCUAUAAUCAAAGAAUUUUAUGUUGGAGUUCAAUAUGAAAAGAUGUAUAAAACUAUAAGUAAUAAAUGGCCAUAUAAUACUUAGACAAUCCUGAAAGAAAUAAUGUACCCUAAAGCAGAUUCCUAUUUAGGUAAGAAACACUUAAAGAGGAGUAUCAAUACUUGCAAGAACUCAGCAAGUCUUAAUGAUAUUUAAUAAAUAUUUAAUAUAAAUGGAUUAUUUUAAAUUUGGAUAGGUUAUCAUUCCUGGUAAUUUAGUAUUUUGGAAUAAAUAGUAUUGUUAUUGCAUCAUUCCUGUAGUCAAAUUGUUACCUGGACGUAAGAUUAUUAUCUUAUUAAUUAUAGAUGUGUUAUUAAUACCUAAAAGAUAAGCACUUAGAUUAUAAGAUUUAGAUCCUGCUGAAAUAUUUGAUUUAGGUUUAAGUGUGAAAUUUUUAACAAAAAGUCUUGAAAAAUACUUUGAUUGUACAUCAUCUACAGUAAAUAUUUCAUCAUUCUCAAAUGAAUCAGAUGGAUUGAAUCAUUGUUUUAUUCAUAUAAUUCCUCGUAAGGAAGGAGAUAUAAAAAAGAAUGAUGAUCUCUAUGGUUUACUAGAAAAUUAUCCUAAUGAGUAUAUAAUAUUUAGAAAUUUAGUUUUAUUCGUUAAUUUCAUAAUACAUUAGGAUUAGGAAAUGCAUUCAGUGAUUAGAUGAGAGACACUCUAAGUUAGGAAGCAAAAAAAUAUAAAGAAUUUUUAUAGUAAUGUUUACAAGAAGAAAUUAAACUAAAAUGA